GUUCGUUUCUCUAUUUUUGGGUGACCCAGUUUGAUGAGAUCCUCUAAAAGGGCAGGAAUCAGACAGUUUCUUGGUAGACAGCCCGAGCAUAAUGUGAUGUUGAGUGUGAAGUUGCUGCGGUGGAUGAGAGCCCCACCUCCUCCCACAGUCCGCCGAGGAGAGAGAGGAGAGAGAGGUGGAGGAGCAACUCACAGCCACAAUAUCUCACCACUUGCUGUCUGGAAAUGCUUCAGAUGGGGCAGAUCUUCUGAUGACCUAAUGGAACUGACUUUACGAGUUGUCCUGUUGUGCGUCCUGGUGCUGGACUGCGGUUCUGCUGAAGGCAGUAUCCUGUACAGGGUCCAGGAAGAGCAACCUCCGAACACUCUCAUUGGCAGCCUGGCAGCAGACCAGGGACUGCCGGACUCAGGUCAUCUCUACAAGUUGGAGGUGGGCUCCCCUUACCUUCGUGUUGAUGGAAAGACAGGAGACAUUUUCACCACUGAAAUCCCAAUAGAUCGAGAAACCCUUAGGGACUGUCGAUCCCUAGCUAAGGGGAAGCCUUGCUACCUUGAGUUUGAGGUGUCAGUGACAGAUCUGAUACAAAACCAGAGCCCACGACUUAUUGAAGGACGCAUUGAGGUCCAGGACAUCAAUGACAACACCCCUCAGUUUCCCUCUUCUGUGCUCACCAUCUCUGUCCCCGAGAACACACUGAUGGGAGCACUGUUCUCCAUCCCUCUGGCCACUGACAGGGACUCUGACAGGAAUGGGGUGGCUGAUUAUGCCCUGACUGCAGGCCUGGACGCAGCAACACUAUUUGGUUUACAGGUGGCCGAGGACAGGGGAGUAAAGCUCCCACAGCUCAUUGUCCUAGGCAACCUGGAUCGAGAGUUAAAGGAUUCCUAUGAUCUCACCAUCAGGGCAGUGGAUGGAGGGAACCCCCAGCGCUACAGCAGUGCUUUGCUCAGAGUGGUAGUCACCGAUGCCAACGAUAAUGCUCCCAAGUUUGAAAAAGCUGCUUAUGAGGCAGAGGUGUCAGAAAAUAGCCCCGUGGGACACUCUGUGUUGCAGGUUAAAGCAAAUGACUCUGACAUGGGCCCUAAUGGAGAAAUCGAGUAUACACUUCAUCAAGCCAUUGACCCAGUCCCAAAACUUUUACGAAUUGACCGCUCCACUGGCAUCAUCUAUGUCAAAGGCUCACUUGAUAGGGAGGAAAUCAGCAGUCUCUCCUUCUAUGUGGUGGCAAGGGAUAAGGGCCCUCAACCUAAGAGCUCUAAGACAUUUGUGUCUAUUGAGGUGACUGACCAAAAUGACAAUGCACCAGCAGUCGAGAUUCGUGGGAUUGGUCUUGUUACUCACAGUGAAGGAGUGGCAAACAUUUCAGAGGACAUGCCGGUGGGAACAGCUGUAGCUUUGGUGCAAGUGUCUGACAAGGACGAGGGAGAGAAUGCAGUUGUCACUUGUGUGGUUGCAGGAGAUGUGCCGUUCCAGUUGCGCUCUGCCAGUGACUCAUCCAGUGACAACAAGAGGAAGUAUUUCUUACAGACUACCACUCCUCUUGACUACGAAAGAGUCCGGGAUUACCGAGUGGAGAUUGUGGCUGUGGAUUCUGGAAACCCAGCACUCUCCAGUACAAACUCUCUGAAGGUGCAGGUGACUGAUGUCAAUGACAACUCACCAAUAUUUUCGCCAACGUUGUUUGAGGUUGAUUUUGCUGAAGAAAACCAACCAGGUGAAACGAUUGUUGAUGUGAAAGCCUCAGAUGCGGACAGUGGCACUAAUGCAGAACUCAUGUACAACAUUGUUGCAGAUUCACCCAUCAAGGGUUUGUUUGAAAUUGACCAGAAUACAGGUGAAGUAAGAGCUCGAAGCCCACUUGAUCGAGAACAUAAAGAAAGCUAUGAAUUCCGGGUUACUGCAACAGAUAAAGGGUCACCCACGCAUAAAGGGACAGCAACUGUUGUAAUAAAAGUCCUUGACCGCAACGACAAUGACCCCAAGUUCAUGCUUAGUGGUUAUAGCUUUUCAGUUUUGGAAAAUAUGCCUCCCUUAAGUCCUGUUGGGAUGGUGACCGUUCUUGAUGUUGACAAAGGUGAGAACGCUCGUGUUCACCUCUCUGUAGAGCCUGAUGGAGGGAAGUUUGUUGUUCAAAAUGGAACAGGCACUAUUCUGUCCAGCAUAUCAUUUGACAGGGAGAAGGAAAGCAGCUACACUUUCCGUCUGAAAGCAGUUGAUGGAGGAGAAACACCCAGGUCAUCAUAUGUAGCUGUUACAAUCAAUGUACUGGAUGAAAAUGACAAUGACCCUGUGGUCACCAAGCCUUCAAACUCCUCCUUCAGGCGUUUGUCCCCAAUGGCAUCACCAGAUAGCCAUGUGGAAAUAGUGGAAGCUGAAGACUUGGACAGCGGACCUAAUGCAGAACUUAUCUUUAGCAUUGCUGGCGGAAAUCCUUACCAGUUAUUUCGUAUCUCCCCCUCUAGUGGAGAGAUCACUCUGGCAAAGGAAAUGACCAGAAAGCACGGUGGACUACAUCGCUUGGUUGUGCGAGUGAGUGACAGAGGGAAGCCUGCUCGUCACACCACUGCCCUUGUCCACAUCUAUGUCAAUGAAACCAUUUCAAAUGUCAGCCUGGUAGAAGCCCUUGUUGGACACAGUCUUUACACUCCGCUGGACCGGGACAUUGCUGGUGAUCCUGACAGUGGUUUUGCUGCACAGCGUAGUAACAUUUUGUUUGGAAGCCUUGCUGGCGUGGCAGGUGUAGUUAUGCUGAUCUUGGUGGUGGUAUUUAUUCGACACCGCCUCCAGAGGGAAACUAAAAGUGGGUAUCAGGCAGGCAAGAAGGAAACAAAGGACUUAUAUGCCCCCAAACAAGCACCAAAGAAUGCUAAAGCCAAACACGGAAGGAAAGGGAAACCACAAAAGUCCCCUAAACCGCUUGGUGAAGAUGAAGAAGUGAGCCUUCAGAAGAGUCUAAAGUUCAACCUCGAUGGAGUCAAUGACAGUCCCAGGAUACACCUGCCCUUGACGUAUUCUCCAGGAAGCCCUGACAUAGGCAGGCACUACCGAUCCAACUCCCCAUUACCGUCCAUCCAGCUGCAGGCCCAAUCCCCCUCUGCCUCCCAGAAACAUCAGGCUGUCCAGGACCUUCCUGCUGCCAAUACCUUUGUAGGAACGGGGGGAGAUGACAACUCUACUGGCUCAGACCAUUAUUCUGACUACAGUUACAAGAACAGCCAGCUGAAGUAUAACAACAAACAGCAUCCCCAUCGGCGAGUGACCUUCUCCACAACCAACCCAGUGCAAGACCUGCAAGACACAUCUCAGCACAGCUACUAUGACAGCGGCUUAGAAGAAUCAGAGACGCCCAGCAGCAAAUCAUCUUCUGGCCCUCGCAUCGGACCUCUGACUCUGCCUGAGGACCACUACGAGAGAACCACUCCAGAUGGUAGCAUUGGAGAGAGCGAACACCCUGAAAAUGAUAUCCGCUCCCUCCCUGACGUGGCAAUGACCGGAAACUGUACCACGGAAUGCAGCGAAUUGGGCCACUCAGAUGCCUGCUGGAUGCCCGGGCAUCCCUCCCCUGUGCGCAAGACCAGGAACCCCCCCAAACUCUCCACCUUCGUGCCUUACCAGGAGAGAGGGAGCCUGGGGCGCCUGGCAAAUGGAAGUGCCAGGCUGGGUGGAGAGGAGCACCAGCCACGCCUCCCACCAUCUCGCAGUGCCUAUUCCAGCAGUGGUCACGACCCCAGUCAGGACUGCCCCUUGGAGGAGAUGCCCCUGAGCAUCGCCUCCGAGUUCCCACCCACCUCCCCUUCUACCCACACCCCCAAACGGGAAAUUUACCUGUGAGGUAUCAUUUGAUUGGUGCAUAAAUGAAGAAAAGAUACACAAACUUCAGAAGGAGAAACACACAGCCCACAUACUAAAGCCAAUAACAUUUGUGUAGGUAACAAUAGGCUGUGACUCAUCCAAUCAUGAGCAUGAACAUAUUGACUCGAUUUUUUUAAUUUUAUGUUUAAUUUUUUCCAUUUCAUCCUUGAAUUGUUAAUUUAUUCGCAUAUUUAUGACAAAUUCCACAAAUGUAAUUGAUGCACUCAAUUAUUUGAACAAUUCUCAAAUGAUAUUAUUCAAACAGAUCAAAAGGGAAAGCAGACGGUAACUGCUACUUUCGUAGUGACCAGUUGUUGUUGUGGUUAGCCAAGUUUAAUUCUGUGAAGUGACCUCUUGAAUUUGAAAGUUGUGAUCAGUGCUGUUGUGCCAUUAUUAGUUAAUAGCCAGUUAUGUCCUAUCAGAAGGCAUGACACUGACUAACAAUCAAAUGAAAUGAUCUUAUUGUACAGAGAUGUAAAUACAUUGAAUGGUGUGUUCUACAUAUAUUUUUGUCUGGCAUAAGAUGAAAAAAAAUGCCUCAGAGUUCUAGCAAAUCAAAGCUUUUCUUUGCUGCUGCGGUUUAACAAUUAUUGAAACCAUCUACUGACAUUGAACUUGAUGAGAGGCAUCGAUACUCUCCACACAGUCACACACGCGCACCAACCUUUGACCCCUAAUCACAGUUGGAUGGCCUUUACCUCUGCUCCCCGUAGAGCCCUGCCACUGACGGAGAAAGCUGGGUGGUAGCAUUUAAGCUGACAUUAUGUUCCACUGACUCUCAGCACUGUGACCUAUCGUUCAUCAUGAAAACGGUUGACUUGGCCGCCGUAGCCCGGAGUCACAAUGACCAGCUGCAGAGUACUUACAAGGUACAUUCUGAUUGGCUUUCUGUGGUU